UGUCGAAUUUGAAUACGUCGUCGCCGUCGCCGUCGUCGUCGUCACUGCCACUGCUGCUCUGCCUGUGCUCAGCCGUAUCUCUGCCACGGUGUUCUGCGGGCAGAGCCGUAUCAGUUAGUUGUUAACUUGCCAUCGCCGAAGGAACAAGAGGCGCGAAAAGCGUGAAAAACCGCGAAAACCAAACGAAAUACCGAACGGCAAAACUGAGUGUGUGCAGCACCUGAUUUAAGAAACAAAAACAAAACAGAAAAUCCGCAAAGGUUUUACAUUUCGAUUCCGAUUUCUUGCGUGCUUCUUGGUUUUUGUAUUAUUUUUUUGUUUUUGGCGGAAGUGUCACUGCGGUGCUCUUGGUUUUUCGGCUUUUUUAGUCGGUUUCGAGCGUUCAAGUACCCCGUACCAGUCUUCGAUCUUCGUUGGCCUUGUGCACAGAGCAACAAGUGCCUGCAACCGUUUUAUUUUACAUUUUAUAAAGCUCAUAAAAUGUUUAUAAAUAAAAAGUAAAUAUUAUUUUAACGCACACACCGAAACAGAAAAUAUAUAUUAUCACCAGACGAAGAGAGAGAGUGAUUGAGAAUAGUGAGAAAAGCGAGUGAAACUUUCCGCGUGCGUGUGUAAUUGCCGAUCAAUUGUCAUGUGCACAACAACAACACACUCGGUCGGCUGUCUCAGGAACUGCACAAAAUAAAAACAAUACUCGUACUAUUAUUCAGCAUCAUCAUCAUCAAUGCGAAGCAUUGCAAAAUCAACCAAGUGAAACGGAACCCAAUAAAACAAGCCACACGAAAAAAGUCAUCAUCGUCGUUGUUGCCGUCGUCGUCGUUGCUGUUGGGGAAACAAAAAUUGAAUUUGAAUUUAAAUUCUGAAAAACACAACAACGAGAUUACACACAGUGUGACAAGUGGCGAAACGGGCUCUAGAAUUGCGCGAUUGCGGCUUUUUCAAUAAAGAUUUAAAGCUACAUUUUGUUUGGUGAAUCAAGGAACCUUGAAAAGUCCCAACGAUAACGGAGAGUAUUACUUGGAAAAGCCCCAAAAGAUCAACAGUAAUAAAAUGAAUUCCUAAAAAGUAAUAUUUAACAAAAUUAUUCAAAUAAAUGUAUAACAAAGAUCAAUCUAAAUUGCUGCAAAGUGAAGCCAAGUGAAGUCGUCGUUAUAAUAAACUGGCGCAUAAUUGAGACAGGGCGUUGUCGUCGAUAACCAACAUGCGAACCUUAUGACCCAAUGGAAUAUUUAUUUAUUAAUGUAUAUAUACACCAGGCAUAUGCCCGGCAUUCGAAAUCAGCAGAUCGCUUGAGACAACUUUCACAGAGAGCGUUACAAAAAAAAAGUAAAAUCCCAUUAAAUAGUGGGUGCUAAGGUGUGAUCUUGGAGUUGAACAGCUAAAAAUUAAAGUAAGCUAAGAUUUUUGGACAGUAUAUGAGACACAAACCAAGAGACUGCUUGAUGAGAAACUCUUGAACUGAAAUUAAAUUAUGAAUAAAUAACAUUUUUGGAGAUUGUUUAAUUAAAAAGAAAUACAAGAGAGUGAUCUUUUAGAGAAUAAUCAAGGCUUAUAAUAGUACUUGUAAAUCCAAAAUAAGUUUUUAAGAACUGUGAACUAAGCUUAUAAUACUAGCAAAUACCAAAAUCUAUAAAAUUUAAGCAAGAAAAGACUUUAAAUUAAAAAAAGAAAAACAACCCACAUCUGAAACUAAACCUGGCUUGCAUAAAUACCCAAGACGAUCUCUUGAAGCCAAGAAAAACCAAAGCUCGGGCUAGCAGUCCAUGCCACCCUUCGAAGAGGAUCAGAAACAAACCGCGGAGCAGCAGUCGCAGCACCAGCAGGAGAUACCUCUGAAGCCGCCGCGCCGCAAGAGAGCCAUGAAGACUGUGGUCGGCGGCGAUCCUGAAGCGGCCCAUCCGCCGGCCGAAGAGCAUGAGGAAGAGCACCUGCUGCCGGAGACGGAAACCCACACAAUGAUGAGCAGCAACUUACGCUAUGCUAGGGCCAAUUUAAGCCACAGCAACCUGUUGCUGAGCCACCAGCAGAGCUCCUUUGACACGCCCACCGAGCGAACCGCUAGCAGCGAGACCCUGGACGUAGUGCCUGUGUCGCGGCGCCUGGCCUACCAGGUGCAGCAGCAGCAGCAACAGCAAACAACACGAUAUGGGAUGCGGCAGCAGCCGCCAUCGGCCUUGGCGAGUGCUCUGCAUGCCACUGCCAGGUUGGCGGCCAGCGUGGAUGCCUAUACGGCAGCUGCCACAGCCACACCGACAAGCAGCGGCAGCGGCAUCGGCGGCGGCGAGUUCGGCCACAAUCCGAAUCUGAAUCCGAACCUCAGUCACCUCCAACAACAGCAGCAGCUACAGCAGCAGCAGCAGCACGCUCACAAUCUGGCGAAUCUCAGAGCGAGCAGUAGGUACCUCUACCACAGCCAGUUCAAUUCGAGUUCCCCGCAGUCGAGACGCUUCAACGCUUCGGCUGUGCGAGAGGUCUCACCGGCAUUCGCAACAGCAGCAGCAGCAGCAUUAGCGGCCGCCUCGGCCUCCGCAGUAGCCCCACUAGCACCACUCGCACCACUUGCCUCCAUAGCAUCGCCGUCCCCCAUCGCAUUCGCUGUCCCACCGCCACCGCCGCCAUUUCAGUUGCGCACCUACCAACAGAAUCAAUCCUCCCGCUUUCAGCCGCGCGGCCACCACCGCACCGCCAGCAGCAGCAUGUCGCAGUCUGGCGAGGAUCUACACUCGCCCACCUAUCUAUCCUGGCGCAAGCUGCAGCUGAGCCGGGCCAAGCUCAAGGCAUCCAGCAAGACGUCCGCAUUGCUAUCGGGAUUUGCAAUGGUGGCAAUGGUGGAGGUGCAACUGGACCACGAUACACAGGUCCCGCGGGGAAUGCUGGUGGCCUUUGCCAUUUGCACCACCCUCCUGGUGGCCGUGCACAUGCUGGCUUUGAUGAUCAGCACCUGCAUCCUGCCGAACAUCGAGACGGUUUGCAAUCUGCACAGCAUCUCCUUGGUGCAUGAAUCGCCGCAUGAAAGGCUUCAUUGGUAUAUUGAGACGGCGUGGGCAUUUUCCACGCUGCUGGGAUUGAUACUCUUCCUGCUGGAGAUUGCCAUCCUGUGUUGGGUGAAGUUUUACGACUUGAGUCCGCCAGCGGCAUGGUCCGCCUGUGUUGUGCUCAUCCCGGUGAUGAUCAUCUUCCUGGCCUUUGCCAUACACUUUUACCGUUCGCUGGUGACGCACAAGUACGAGGUGACGGUGUCAGGGAUCCGAGAGCUUGAAAUGCUUAAGGAGCAGAUGGAGCAGGAUCAUCUGGAUCAUCACAACAACAUACGGAAUAAUGGCAUGCAGUUUGGAGCAUCUGGAGACAUUGUCUAGCGGUGAUUUGGUUGGUUUCCAGCGGCGCUUUAAAAGACAUAUAUUUUUGCGGCUCAGGGCUCUAGCCUCCAUAUAUUGUAAAUUUGUAGUUUGAUGCAAAUUGUGAUACGCAUAAGGCAGUAGAUUUUUACUAUAACUAUAUAUAUAUAUAUAUUUAAAAGCGAACUGUAUUCGAUGGCAACACUGACGAAAGACCCUAAUUAAAAGCAAUACUUUGGGAGCAACAUUAUUUUGUUCGAUGAAUAUUCCUCAGAAAUUAGCUCAUAUAUGUAUGUAUAUUUAUUGUGUCUCCUUUUAAUUUGUAUGAAUCACAUCCUUGGCAGUCUUCCCUUUAAUUGUUUAAGUUUAAGUUUUGUCGGGCAACUCGAAAUUGUCUUUUAGUCCCUUAAUUUAAUGUUAGGCCAAUUAUGUAAGCGAAAGAAACUGCGCUGUAAUUUAUAUUGUAUGAGUAAACUAUAUUUUAUAUAAA